CCACGUGAACUUUAAAUCUAAAAGUUUUUCAGAUCGAAGAGAAACACUCGACAAAUUAAGCAUUUUUCAAGACGAUAUAGCCUAACAUUGUCGACUUAUCCAGAUUCUGAAAGGUAGCAUGCCUGCAGUUGUGUCAGACUUAGAUACAGUUCCAACCAAGGUUGAGAGUGAAAAGCCACAAGACAAACCUGUUGCAAAAUGCCCUUUUGACCACAGCAAGCCUGCAGAAGAUGUCACCAAAGAGAUUGGGGUAGAGGCCAAUGGAAAUGAAAAAAAUGGUGAGGAUGUGAAAGCAGAAAAGAAGGAAGAUGGGAAGUCUUCGGAGCAAGAAAUCCCUCCUCUGUAUUUCAUGAAUCUAAAACUCACCGUUCCUGGUUGUAAUGAAACAAUAACCAUUCAGAUAUCUUCGCACGAGACCGUUCAAGAUAUACGACAGGUCGUGUUGGAUCGUCAAGAAAGUUGCUUCAGAACGUGUGUUUCGCUUUAUUUCGACGGCAAACGACUUGAUGACUUCGCCGAGCUCCACACGAUAGAAGGGCUGAAGGAUGAAUCCGUCAUCAAAGUUGUUGAAGAGCAAUAUUCGGUUCGAGAAGCCCGUAUUCACGUGCGAAGAUUGCGAGAUUUGCUGAGCACGUCUUUUGAGAGUAACGCUCUCAGCGCCGCCGAUAAUCUCUCACUUUCGUUUUCUGUGGCGGUCUCUGGAGUCGAGGUUGAGGAGGAAUUGGUAAAGGUGAAAAGAGAUACCACUAACACCGUACCAACAGAAGAAUGUACUCCCCCAGAUUAUGUCUUCCCAUCAGAAGAACAACCUCUCACCUUGGAAGCUUUGUUUCCUAAAUCUGUCGCCCCCAAGGUUCCUGCGUGUGUGAAAGAGUUAUCAUUGAGCAGCUGGAAUCCCACGCCUGGCUACCGAAGAUUAGCUGGUGAUUUGCUAUAUAUUGAUGUGAUAACUCUCGAAGAUGAUCACGUGAACGUGACGUCGUGUCCAGCAGGCUUCUACAUAAACAGAAGUCAAAAUGGUGUGUUUAACCCUCAACCACGAGCGGAGAGUUGUCGGUCGCAUACCUUGGUCGGACUCCUCUCCCAGCUAAGUCCACUUUUCAAGAAGAACUUUGCAUUGUUGCAAAAAACUAGUAUGAGACGACAUCCUCUCGAAGUAAUUCCAACGCCAUAUCAAGUGUUUUCUUGGGCUAUUCCAAAACUUGACCACACACAAGACAGAAUGAGAGCCGAAGAUUCAUCAUACGUGAGAAUUGGCCACGAAGAACAUAUGCCAGGACAGUUGAGGGAUUGGAACGAAGAGCUGCAAUCCGCGCGAGAAUUACCACGAGAGACGUUGCAGCAACGGCUUCUUAGAGACAGAGCAAUAUUCAAGAUCACAAGCGAUUUUGUAAUGGCCGCCACACGGGGUGCAAUGUCCGUUGUUGACGGGAACGUUCUUUCAAUAAAUCCGGGCGAUGAUGAAAAAUCUCGGAUGUAUAUUUGGAACAACAUUUUCUUCAGUCUGGCAUUUGAUAGCAGAGACCAUUUUAAGAAUGUUGGUGGUGACGAGGCUGCCUAUGCCGCCGCCGGUGCCGAUUUAAAAGGUGUUUCGUCGUAUAACAGAGUUGAUAUCGAGGGUCUUUAUACGUUAGGAACGGUUGUGAUAGACUAUCGUGGUUAUCGUGUGAUUGCUCAAUCCAUAAUCCCAGGUAUUUUACAACGGGAUCAGGAGAACUCCGUGAUCUACGGUUCCAUAGACGCCGGGAAGACUGUCACCUCGAAUCCAGAAUUUCUAAAAUUGCUUGGAAAGGCAGCUAGAGUCCUAAGACUGCGAUCACAGCAGGUUCUAAACGAAAAUGACGAAGAAACGGAAUUACUUUCUUCCGUCGAAUGCAAGGGUAUACUUGGUGCAGAUGGUCGCCAUUAUAUCCUGGAUCUUUUCCGAACUUUCCCAACAGAUGUCAAUUUCCUUGAAGGAGUUGGAUCCUCAUUGACAACUAACGCGGAAGAAAUAUUCUCAUUUCCUUCAACGUAUAAGACAAAAUUGGUGUCCUUGAGACCAGAAUUAAUCGAGUCCUUUAUCGCGUCGCGUUACGUGAAUUUCCUCAGACUCGUGGCUAAGAAUGUGUCAAUAAAGUCCAAAGUCGAGGAAAACAAAAAUGUAAUUAAGAAAGAAGAGACAACUGAAAAUGGUGAUGCAAAUAUUGCGACUUCAUCUGAAGAAGAAUCGAUGGCUGUUGAACAGAAUGAUAAAGAGGAAGAUAUGAAGGGACAGCAGAACGGUGAAGAGAGAGUUUCGAGUGAUGUCGUAAAAGACGCAGCAAUGGCGGUGGGAUCUCUUAGCGAGACAGAAUUUGAUGUCAGAUUUAAUCCUGAUGCGUAUAACGAAGAAGUUAGACAUGCAGAAUGUGAGGGUACUCGUCUGCCAAAAGAUAAACAGUUAAUUCAGGAUACUGCAGCGUUCCUGUCUCACCCCGUCAUAGCCACAUUGAUUAAGGAUUUUUUCAGUCUGGCUCAAUCUCCUAUGGACGGGGAAACGUUUACAGAAAUCUUGCAUACGAGAGGCAUCAAUAUUCGAUACCUUGGUAAAAUCGCCACUUGUCUCGCAGGGAGAAACGACUUGGAACAUGUAUAUAAAAUAUGUAUUUCUGAAAUGAUCUUGAGAGCCGCGAAGAAGCUAUUUAAAGAUCACAUGCGGCAAGCAUUACAACAGAAUCUUGCUACGGCUGUCAGUCAUUUUCUGAACUGUCUAUUGAGCUCGUAUCCUAAUCCAGUUCCAACAAUACCGAAUGACGAGACGAACCAUAAAAAGAAAAAGAAUAAGAAAAACAGAAAUAAACAAAACUCCAAUAACGAAGUUAUUUGGGCCAAACUAACUCCAAGUCUUCUGUGGUCCUGGAUUGUCACCGACAUACAAAAACAUUUCGGGUUUGAGCUUAAAGAAGGAAGUAUAGACGAAGUCAUAAGCACCUAUGGAUUACAACCUCUUUCAAUGCUUCGGUCGUUUUGUUUAAAAACAGGUGUCCAAGUAUUGCUUUCCGCUUACGAUUUCGUUUCGAAGAGAAAUCCCACGUUCAGCGAAGAACACGUUAUGAAUAUCUUCCCCAUCGUAAAACAUACAAAUCCUAAGGCGGUGGACGCGGCUGCAUUAUUUGAGGCGGCUCAGAAUAAACUCCAGUCAGGUUUUCUCAGCGAGUCUCACGGCAUCAUGGUGGAGGCUUUGAAUCUCUAUCAUCAAGUGUACGGACCGCUGCACGGGGAUAUCGCGGUCUGUUACAGACAAAUAGCUCGACUCUAUUAUAUGGCCGAUGACGCGAUUCAGGCUGUCCUACAUCAACGGAAAGCCGUGGUUGUCUGUGAAAGAAUUUAUGGCAUCGAUCAUCCUGAUACGAUAAUGGCUUACCUUCACUUGGCAUUGUACUCUCACAACGCUGGUCUCGUGUCUACGGCUUUGAAACUUAUGUACAGAGCCCGAUAUCUCGCACUGGUCGUCUUUGGCGAGGGACAUCCAGACAUGGCAACAUUUGAUAGCAAUAUUGGUUUGGUUCUUCAAGGACAACGAGAAUUCGACCUUUCAAUAAAAUUCCUGGAAAAUGCCGCACUGAUUCAGCAAAAAUAUCAUGGCCCAGAAAGUAUUCACACGGCUAUGAGUUUCCAUCUCCUAGCAAGAGCUAAAGCCUCGGCAGGCGACUAUCGUUCCGCAUUGCAAAGCGAGAAAUCCGCCUUUAAUGUCUAUCAGAAGAAGUUUGGAAAUUUGGAUAUUCGAUGUCAAGAAAGUUCUGAAUUCUUGAAGCAACUUACAAAACAAGCCGUUCAGAUGCAGAGAAAGAUAAAUGAAUUAUCAGGUAUUGGUGGACGAGGAACAACGGCUGCAGAGGUAACAGUGCCGCAAGGUGAUAGAGAAGAGAUAUCUCGGUUGAUGGGAUUUAUUUCAGGUCUUCAAGACUCACCUUCAAGAAUAAAGGAGCAAGAUGAACAGCAAACCUAAUCCCUACGUUUCCCCCUUACCACCCUAUCUACCCUGCUUUCACCUUCUUGCCCUGUCCAAUAAGUUUGGCAUUCCUUCGGCAACAGCGUAAAACCGCUUUGCUUUUUUGUAUUUGAGCCAAGGCAUGAAUAACCAUCUCACGUUCGCAUCUUUUGCUCUCGGCUGAACUUUUAUACAAACAACUAUAGCUUGUACUAUUCGACAAAUUUACCGCGUAAAACACUUCAAGAUUCAUUCAUUGAGAACUUGUGUGUUGCGACAAUACAUUAUCUCUUGUUAUUGGGAGAAAGACGACUGCAAAUUGUGUGAACUUUGAUUUAAAUAAGCAUUCUGCAUGUAGAAUUGCAAAAAAAUAGCCGGUUUUCUACAAGGUGUAUACAAAAUUUGCUUGGUCAUUUUGUACAAGAAAUUUUUCGGCAAUUUGUCAACAUACAUGGAGUAUAUUAUUCAACGUACAUAAAGCGUUAUGUACUCUAUGGUGUAUCAUGAAAAACAAUCUGGAAUCGCUUCAUUAAUCUACCAUACUUUAUUUUUGAAACACAGAGGCGUUUGAAUAGAUUCGAAUUGUAUUAUAAGGAACCAAAUUACUACACAGCACAAAGCAGAAUUAAUGAAUUUAUGCGAUUACUCGACGUAAGUUAGGUUAACGACGUUUUCAAUUUGACCAGCAUCCUUGAACCUGUUUUCCCUUUUGUUCUCUCGCUUUUCUGGCAGCGCUAAUGACCGUAUUCAGUCGAUCUGUUUAACAUAACCGUCAAGCCUUGCGAUUUUUCUGCAGUCGCCUUUUGGCCAACGUGAACGCUUCGCAAAGAAUUACGAUUAAUACAAUCAAGUCAAAUUCCUAUUAGGUCUAAAUCAUUUCAAUAGACUAACAAGUCUUGCCUACAUUCCUUUAUUCGAAGAUGUUCAAUGUAUUUGAUGUCUUUGAGAUGCUGUAUUUCUUCAAUCUUAUCAACGAAGUGUGUUGUAUGUAGUCACGCUCGACACCAGCGCUUGUUGUUUAUAACCUUUGAUGUCUUUGGGGUGUUUUACGUAAAUCGACUCGCCUUUAAGGGAACUCCCAAGCAAAAGACAAGUUCCUUGUUCAUAAGGUAAUUCAGAAUUACUGUUUAAUACAUUAUGUGGCUCAAAUACAAAAGUAUUAAGCGAUUUAGAAUUAUGCUAUUGCCGUUAAUGGCUACUGAUUGCAUGCAUGUGUUAGUGGCGUUAGUUUUAUCUGUUAGAAUGGACUAUUAGAAUUUCGAGUUAUUUAUUAUUUAUGUGAUUGAAGGCUGUAUCCUUUACAAGUUCACGUACACUCGUCCUUGUUUAAUCGGUAAACAAAGUCGCUUAAUCGCCAUCCUGUUUUGAAGAUGGCAUCUCCACUUGACUAAAUCUUGGCAUCUCCACUUGUCUUGUUUUAAGCGUCGUACAGGCGAGCUUGCUUUCUUUGACAAGUCAGUUACCUUUGACAGUUUCGUUUGUUCGCGAAAAAAGUGACAAAUCUUCGUAGACCAUGCAAGAGCCUUGUGGAAAAGCCUGGUCAUGCCGGCUUUUCAACAAGGAGAGGCUAGUGCACACGAGCAUCGGUUGUGUGAAAUAGAUGAAUGCGUUUGUGGAUUGGAAAAUACAAGCUUCGUGCAUGAAUGUUGGUGAAAUCUUUGCGAACAGUCAAUGAAAUAAGUUCGUCGAAAAAUGGCGGUGAAAAUCUUGUUAGCUGUUCAAAGCGAGCAAGGGAACUUGUCGAGAAAAUGUUUCAUGGAAAAUUUGCUUGUUUGUACGAGACUUUCGGUGUUUCAUAUUUACCACGGAGCUUGAACUCCAUGCAUCAUUGGUCAACUGGAAUGUGUUUUUUUGUCUCUCUGAAAUAAGUACGAGCGAGUGAACUUCGAGGAUUUCAGAAUUCAAUGCGUGUUAAUGGUAGACUUAUGUAAAGGUACUGGUGUAAAUACCAGUUUCAGAUCCUGGCGUAGGGGUUUUCGACUAGUAUUUUUUAUCAAUUUAUAUAUCAGUCAAACGUACAAUAUGAGCCCUCGACCCGCGGUCGUGUGAUAUAGAGACCCCUGGGUAACCUUUUAGGAAUACAAAAAAUAUUUCAUUCGCACUAUAUCAUAGACAUCUUUCAUGACGUCAACGUUGAAAGUCUAAUCUUACACGAAGUUUGAUUGGUUUGUUAGUUUUGGGGAGCCAAUCAAACUUCGUGCAAGAUCAGACUUCCCGCGCUUGACGUCAUCAAAGAUGUCUAUUAUGUAGUGCGAACGAAAUAUUUUUGAGGAGCGUCAUGAGAAAGGUACAUUGUUUGUUCCUACAGGCUGAGUUUAGCAAGCAGGUUUUGCUGAAUGUGAAUGGUUUUAUAUUUAUCUAAAGCAUUUAGCAGGUUUUAUACGUUGGUUUUUGGCUGAUUUGAUAAACAUUUCUGGAUAAUUUGAAGUAAUUCUAAGAGUGCUGUUUAAAACUUAAAUGCAUCAAACUUAGGCAAAUGGUGGGAUGCAUAUUUAUGAAUUAAUGCAUUAUUUUUCAAUUAAUUUUACCAAACACUGAUAUUAUAUGUAGUAUUUCACAACCAACCUCUGUGCAGCUCGCCCCCCCCCCGGAUAUUGAUCGUACAUAACAUGUCUAAAGGGGGGAGAGCUUAGCUUACAAGGUUGGCGUUUUUCUACCUGGCGUUUAACAGGGUAUAUUUAAAAAUUGAUUCGUUAGUUUCUUUAUUAUUGACUAGGGUAUUUUUGUACAAAGUUGCAUUUGGUAUACUUCUUUGUUUAAAAGUUUCACAAAUGAAAUGAAUAAACGCCUUUGUUUA